GUCCUCUUAGUCGAUUUAUUUCAACAAAAAACUCCAAUAAUGCCCCACACGUGGCUUUAUGUGCGAAGCUCAUUCGUCGGUGCAAGUUUAUGGGGUGGUGGCGAUUUACUUGCACAGGCCUAUGGCACUCACAGGCAUCACUCGAAACGCCGAAUCAAAAAUAAAAUGGCAACAGAGGGCUCCACAAUCCGACAAAAAACUGACGAUAUGUUUAACAAAGAGCACGUGGCCCAGUCAAGCCUGUUUGGGCUUCUCGUCGGGUCCGCGGCGCAUCACUACCAGCGGCUGCUCAUUAGGGCCUGCGGGGCCAUGCAUCGACGUUUGAUGUUAUGCUUCUUCGCUUUAGGUCUGCAGCAACUUGUGUGGACCCCUCUGCUACUUUUGUGUUACUUCAAUUCCAUGACUGCAGCACGCAGGGGGUUCUCCAAUCCUGGCUUCAUUGGAACAAACACUGGAAAAGAACAAAACCGGCGAAAUGUAUGGUCUGUAGAAAAACGUAUUAUAGAGAACGUUAUGCCAGCGUCGCUAUUGACUUCUUGGCUUGUAUUUGGGCCUCUCUUUAUAUUAGUCUACAUUGGACUCCAAAGGGGCAUGACCGUACUCGGUGCUCUCAUUGCUCUACCAUGGUGCUCCUCCGUUGCAUUCGCGCAGAGGCAGGAGUUGUGCUAAGAAUUGGUUGUCAAGAUGCCUACGCGCUGGUUCACUGGUGUGCGACAGUCAGCCCUACAUUACUGAAGCAUCGAAACAAAAGUCUGGUGAAGUUAUCUUAGGACUUUUUCCACAAAUUGAAAAAUUGAAGUCAGUAAUUGAAAGUUUUGAAAAAGUUAAGAUUCGUUUCUUAU